GGUUAUCCGCCCCGUAAAUAAACAUUCCGAUCCCCGGAUUUACAAUAAACAAUUACCAGCAAGCGGCACAUGGCACAUGGCACCAUUCAGGCCUCACCACCAAGGUAGACCAAGUUUUGGGAUAACGACGUCGGGCAUCUUCGAAUCAAUCAGCCUGGACAAGUACAAUGACGAUCUUGGUUGACUAAAAAUAUCCAAACCCGCCCCGUCUCCUGCCUAUCGAGGUCUACUCUACCUGCCUACAUGUGGCUAGGACUGAGAGCAGACAACAUCUACAACAAUCUGCGGUCCAAAGAAUUUAUAAACUACCUAAUUCGAAUUCCUUAUACGUUAUACGCUAUACGUUAUACGUAUACGCAUAGCUAAUCGCACAACCAUGUCUUUCUUAUUUUCGAGGGGCAGAACCAGGACUAACGCUCUGGAUCUUCCCAAGCAAGCUAGAGACCAUGUUCUCAAACUUGACGCCCCUGGCAAAGCCGACGAGCUUGCCAAGGUGCUCAGUCAGAUGAAGCUCAUACUUCAAGGAACACCAGACGUAGAUAGUACCCCAGAGCAAGUAUACCAGCUGGUUACAGGUCUGAUAGAAGAGGACCUUCUCCUUCUGCUAGCUCAAACCCUACACCGCCUCCCCUUCGAAUCCCGGAAAGACACCCAGGUCAUAUUCUCAUACGUCUUCCGCUUCCGACCCCCCACAGCGUCGCCAAAGACAGAUCCCGUCGCAUUGAGCUACGUAGUGAAUAAUAAACCCCAAAUCUUAUUAGAGCUGUGUCGAGGUUACGAUCACAAGGAGAGCGCAACGCCCGCGGGCAGCGUACUUCGUGAGGUUCUGAAAAAUGAGGCAGCCGCUGCCAUUAUAUUAUACGACGAUGGAGAAGAGCCCGGUUCCAGUUUGAAGGGCGUGACGGCAAUCGAUAGGGAACGGCCACAGAGCGGCAACGGAGUCUUUUGGCGAUUCUUCGAUUGGAUCGAUAAGAGCUCGUUUGAGGUUGCUGCUGACGCCUUCACAACAUUCAGAGAACUUCUGACGAAACAUAAAGAGCUCGUGCCGCGUUACCUCUCGAUAAACUUCGAGCUCUUCUUCGACAAGUACAACAACAUCCUAGUACAGUCGAACAGCUACGUGACGAAGCGGCAGUCGAUCAAGUUGCUCGGUGAGAUAUUACUUGACCGGUCCAACUACAACGUCAUGACCGCGUACGUCGACCGCGGGGAGCACCUCAAGAUAUGCAUGAACCUCCUGCGCAGCGACCGCAAGAUGGUGCAGUACGAGGGCUUCCACGUCUUCAAGGUCUUCGUGGCCAACCCCCACAAGUCCAUCGCCGUGCAGAAGAUCCUGCUCAUGAACCGCGAGAAGCUCCUCAACUUCCUCUCCCAUUUCCUCGAGGACCGCACCGACGACGAGCAGUUCAUCGACGAGCGCGAGUUCCUCAUCAAGCAGAUCAGGAAUAUGCCCCCGAAUCCCGUCCCCCCGACCCGCCAGCUAGCCGUUUAGGGGUACUACUGACGGAAGACCCGGGUAUUAGAUGUAUCCAUCCGUAAGUAGCUUCAACCACGGUUCAACUUUUUCUUUGCUUUGGUAGCAAGGACUCUUAGAUAUUAGGCUUGAGACAGUAGACGUACCAAGCAGCCGUCAUUGGCAAUCAUUGUGUGCAUGUAGUUAGGCGUUUAGGUUAUGACCAGACAAACGAAAGUACAAACAAACAGAUAAGAACUAAUCGCGAGGAGACGUUGAAACGUAAUAGAAUUCGAUGAUAUGGCAUCCCCCGCCGCAGGGA